AUGUUCACAAUCAAGAGGCCAAAGGGAAUCAAAGAAUCAGCGUACACCCAAGCUGGUAAAGAGGACGAGUUUCCCAAGAAGCCUCUAGGGCAGCUUCCUCCUGAGAUAGCCGCAGCAAACCACGUGGCCAACAGUCAAAGCCACGCGGAGCCAGCCGAGCCCCCCAGGGAGCCAAGUCCUCUACCGGACCCCCAGCGGGACGGACGGCCCCCGAGCCGAGCCCACCGGGAAUCGCUGGAGAAACGGAUCCGUCACCACAAGGGGGACAAAAGGGAAACCCACUCAAGGGGGUCAGGUGAAAUCUCAAAUGAGACACAAAAGCAAUCCACCUACACCAUACCAGAGAGGGGGGAGACACCGCUGUCAGCCCCCACCCCAACACCACAGAUGACCGCUGUGGAUGGAGGAAAGGCUCACGCCAUCGCCAACCACAACUCCAACGCAGCCUCUAGCUCCCGCAGAGACAUGCCUGGGCCCCAGUGGGUCAAACCCUCCGAGACUAAGCUAGAAGCUUUGCGGGAAAUUCAGAUGAGCCGAGGGCCAUCGCCGGCUCCUUCCAGCCCAGAUGACACCGCUCAGCCUCACCGCCGGCCACGCUCCAAGGGCUACGCCCCCGGCACCGACCGAGGCUCCAAUGCCUCCCAGUAUGAUAAUGUACCAGGGCUGCCGGAGCAGGACUUCGAGAUCCUGGAGCUUGAGAACCCUCCGUCCAGAUUGAGGCCCCUUCGGUAUAAUUUCUUCUUCUCAUAUGACUACAACCCCUGGGCCGCUGACUGGGCCAAAGAGAUGCGUGGAUUAGCUGUGAUAAGCGCUCCUCCCUUGAACAACUGGCUCCUCUUUCACACCCGUCGUAACGGCAAUGAAGCCAGUUCUCUUCUACAGACCCUCAGCAGAGUCUCAGGCCCACUGGGAAUUGCCAUGGGAAAACCUGUCAUGAUACAGUAUGAAGAUCAUCAGGAGUCUCUCCUCACAGCCCUACGGCACAGUGUCGGACCCCAGAUAGAGAUGGUGGUGGUAGUCCUCCCCAACAACAGGAAGGAUAAGUAUGACAGCGUUAAGAAGUUCCUUUGUGUGGACUGCCCCACUCCCAGCCAGUGUGUGGUGGCCCGUACCCUCAGCCGACCUCAGGCACUCAUGACUAUAGCUACAAAGAUUGCGCUGCAGAUGGCUUGCAAGAUGGGAGGGGAACUCUGGAGUGUGGAAAUCCCUCUCAAACAGCUGAUGAUCGUGGGCAUCGACUGCUACCAUGACACCGCUGCUGGGAAAAGGUCUAUUGGUGCUCUAGUGGCCAGUCUCAACCAAAGCAUGUGCAGGUGGCUCUCAAAGUGUGUGCUGCAACACAAAGGUCAGGAGAUCAUGGAUGAGCUGAAGAAGACUUUGAGUGCUGCCCUGAAAGAGUAUUUGAGGUUCAAUGGCUGUCUGCCUUCACGCAUCAUCGUUUACCGAGACGGAGUGGGGGAUGGGCAGUUGCACAGUGUGGUGAACUAUGAGGUUCAGCAGAUCAUGGACUCCAUCAAGUCAGUGGGGCAAGACUACAACCCAAAGCGUGUGGUGGUGGUGAAGAAGCGCAUAAGCAGCAGGUUUUUCGCCCACAUAAAUGGCAAGGUGUCCAAUCCUCCUCCUGGCACCAUCGUUGACGCAGAGGUCACCCGGCCAGAGUGGUAUGACUUCUAUAUUGUGAGCCAGGCUGUUCGCAGUGAGAGUGUCUCACCAACCCACUACAAUGUCGUGUAUGACACCAGUGGACUCAAGCCAGAUCACAUGCAGCGGCUCACCUACAAGCUCUGCCACAUGUACUACAACUGGCAGGGGAUCAUCAGAGUGCCUGCUCCCUGCCAGUACGCCCACAAGUUGGCUUUCCUUGUGGGUCAGAGCAUCCACAAAGAGCCCAAUAUGAAACUGGAUGACCAGCUUUUCUACCUUUUAACCCUUGUGUUGCUGAUGGUGACAUAG